GAUAAGGUCUCGGAGUACAAAGUUAAAGUCAAGGAUGGAGACAAAGAUUUAGACGAAACUAUUAAAAUUGACACCAAAAAGGAAACAGAAACCUUUCACAUAGCAAGUAAUGGCGACACUAGCCCCGAUCCUGGAGAGGUCGAUGUUGAUUACGAUUUCAAACAGGUGAGUUUGUAGGUCAGAAAUUGAAAUAUGGCAUAUUUUAUCUUAAAUAUAAUAGCCUUCCUUUUGUUUCUUUUACAUUCUCUCAUUCCUUUUCUUUCGUCCUUCCUUCCUUCUUUUCUUCCUUCUUCUUUCCUUCCUUCGUCUCCUUCGCUCUGCGUCGUCUUUUCAGAAUGGCCUACUUUUACUGCUCUCUUUCUCUCUGAUUUCGCGUAUUAGUCUUGUUUAUUGACAAUGCACCCCUUGCACGUAUAAUAAUAUUUUUUAAAUAGUUACAGCCUUUUGGUGUAGAACAUGGCAAUGCACCGAAUGUCCAAUCAGAAAGCUUGUUUUCUGAGCGACUCUACUGGCAAUCUACCAAAACCAGCUGACCUCAAGAAAUUACUUGAAACGGUAAGUACAUUCUCAGACGUUAAUUGUUUAGUACAUCUGAAGCUGAUGACAUUCACGUAAAGAGAAAUAAAACACGUGCUGGGGUCUAGGAUUUUUUGGAUAUUCAUUAGUAUUGAUCAAUACUAUCACUUUUACUAUUGUUUUUUACAUAUUUCUUUCAUUGAAUGAAUGAAUGAAUGAAGGAAGGAAGGAAGGACGGAAGGACUAAAUGAAAGAAUGAAUGGAUGGAUGAAUGAGUGAACUUUAUUCACUGCAAAUAAAGUUAAUUUAUUCAUUCAUGCAAUUCUACAUCUAACGAUAUUCGGACAGCUUAUUAGAUUUUGAUCACAUCGAAAGUUCUCUUUUUUGUUUAUUUUGCAUUUUCAAGGCCUAAUUAAUUUGUGUAUAGUAUUUCAGCCUUUUGCAGCAUUCGGUACUGUUUUGUAAGAUUUUUAACAAAAGUGCAAAAACCUGACAUUUUAGGCUCAAAAAAUACUUUUAAAUGUUGAGCAAGAUCUAACUUUUAAAUUCUGGGAUCGUUCAUUAUGAGAUUUAUAAUCACGUUUACAGCAAACUACUUAUUUUUAUGCAGUAUGAUUAACAGUAAAUGUUUAGUAAAGGGGAAAAGUUGGUCACGUGCUACAAAAUUACGCAGCAAAAUUACGCGGACCUUAUUAGGGGGCGACCAUUUACUAACUUUUGAGGGGGGUGGGUGGGAAAGGGUGUUUUAAAAAAAUUAUAUAUCUUGCGGGCAGAUAAGGAAACACCUAGCUAAUGAAAACUCCUACACUGGAAAAAAAUGUCUUUCAUGGCGUAUAAUGCUGGAAAAAAAUCUUACACCAUUGUACGUCAGGAACAAAAUCUAUGACUAGAAGUUUGGGAAAAAACAAAUUCUUUCACAAACCAAAUUACCUAUAGCCCCUCCCUCCUCCCACCCAGUUAAAAGUCAAAUGGUCGGCCCCUUAGGAAUAGACAAGGAGCCAUUGAAGAAAAGGGUUCCUUUUGGAGAAUGAACUCAUACUCGGAUAUGAAGCACUAAUUUACUGAAUCGCAAUCAGAGAUUGUGUCAUACAUCAUGUUGGCGUCGACGGUAGACCAUCUUUAAAGACUCGUGAGAAUUUUGCUUUUUUUUCUCCCUUCAGCCAUCGAACCAGGAUAGCAGCCAAGCAGAGACACAAGGGGAGACUGAAUAUGCUGUUGUUGGUACUGUCAAUGAUCGCUCGUUCCUGAGUGAUGAAAUGGCCGCCAUGUGUGCUAAGUUGCCCAUUUAUCGCAUCAGGCAGAGAAACCUC